AUGAAGACUGUACUACUUAUUUUGCUCAUAACUCUCGCAACCAUUCCCAGCCGCACACUGGCGGAGCCAGCCAAUGUGACCGCCGAGAAACGUCCUGAUAACGCAACUGUAUACAAAAUCUCAAAGCAGCUAUGCUGGAAUUGCAUUGGAGAGGCUAUACAAUUCUUGUAUUACCACAAUUUAGUAAGAGCAGCAAAACUAGAAUUUCCUCUGAUGUGGGACACUAAACUAGAAAACUAUGCAAAAUGGUGGGCUGGACAGAGAAGAGAAGAUUGUCAACUGAUGCACUCUUUCCCUGAAGGUGACUUCAAGCUUGGGGAGAAUAUAUAUUGGGGAAGUGGGUCGACGUGGACUCCGAUGGAUGCCGUUGGUGCUUGGGCCGGUGAAGAGAAAUAUUAUACUUAUAAAACAAAUUCUUGUGAAGAAGGGCAGAUGUGUGGUCAUUACACACAGAUUGUUUGGAAAAAUACGAGGAGAAUUGGGUGUGCUCGAGUUAUUUGUGACAGUGGAGAUGUAUUUAUGACAUGUAAUUAUUAUCCGCCUGGAAAUUAUAUUGGAGAAAAGCCGUAUUGA